UUGUGUGUCGGUGGUCGGUGUGGAAGCUGCCCGUUUGGCUCCACGCGUCGCGCAGGCGGAAGUGUUAAGUCUCUGUCCGUCUCUCGGAACCAGAAGUUUCCGCAAAGAGAACAUGUCUCAGCCCGAGCGGGGAGGGGACGCGGAGGAGUCGAAGUUCGGCUCGGAGCGGCGAGCCGGAUCCCCGGUGAACCCGAGGGCGGUGUGCAACGUGUGCACGCGCCUCUUCCGGGACCCCAAGAUCCUCCCCUGCCUGCACACCUUCUGCGCGGACUGCGUGGGUCGCCUCGAGCCCUUCGCGGUGUCCCCGCGCGGGAGUCGGCCCGCCGGCACCGUCACGGUGCUCUGCCCCGACUGCGACUCCGAGGUGGACCUCCCUGCGUCGGGACCGGGGGGGCUGAGCACCGACCACCUGGCGCUGCACGACGUCUUCCUGGAGACCCUGGCGACGGACGGCCCGCUGGGAUGCGACCUGUGCGGCGAGGGGGGCGCCGAGAGCCGCUGCGACGUCUGCUGCGUCAUCCUGUGCGCGUUCUGCUGCCAGGCGCACAGGCGCCAGAAGCGCACGGCGUCCCACCCCGUUCCGCGCCUGGAGGAGCUGAAGUCCCGCGGCGGCCUGCGGCGCCCCGUCCUCUGCCCGCUGCACCCCGACGAGGAGCCCCGCCUCUUCUGUCCGCCCUGCGACCUGCCCGUCUGCCCGCAGUGCGCCGCCGCGCUGCACCGCGACCACGGCUGCCGGCGCGCCCCCGACGUCAUCGGGCUCCACGGGGGCCGCAUCCGGGAGGUGGUGGCGGCGCGCCUGCGACCCCGCAUGGAGCGCCUGAAGGAGUCACUGCAGAAGGUGGAGAUCUCCCAGGAGGCUUUGCAGGCCCACGCGGACGCAGCGGCCAAUGAGGUGAGGGUGUUCGCUCGGGCUUACGUCAGCGUGGUGGAGGACCACUGCCUGUCCCUGCAGCACCGCCUGGAGGAGCUCCACGUCCAGCGCCGCAACCAGCUCCACCUGCAGAAGGCGCAGCUGCAGCAGGCGCUGCUGGACGUGGGCGGCGCCGUGGACUUCGCCGAGAGGCUGCUGAGCCGCGGCUCGGACGUCGAGGUCCUCAGCGCCAAGGGGGUGACCCUCAGGAGGCUCGCCGGCCUGGCGGAGACGGGCUACGACCCGGACCCGGCGACCGUCGCCCCCGACAACGGCGGCGGCGGCAUCAGCUUCGUGGCCGGCGAGCCGGCGGGGGAGGAGCAGGGCUUCCCGCUGGUCGGGGCGGUCCACUCCAAGGCGGUGGACCUCGCCAGGUGCUCGGUGGAAGGAGAAGGGCUGCAGAGGGGCGUGGAGGGCGAGCAGGGCCACUUCACCCUGGUGUGCAGGGACUCGUCGGGGCAGCAGGUGCAGCGAGGUGGAGAGGUCGUCCUGGUCAGCAUGGUCCACAAGGAGAAGAAGGACUGCGCGUUGGAGGUGACGGUGUCCGACGGCGGAGACGGGUCCUACGGCGUCUCGUACGCAGCCGAGGAGCCGGGGACGUACUCGGUGGGGGUCUGGGUCAAAGGUCAACACGUCAAGCUGGGAUAUUUGAGAAGUAAAGACCGAGACAGACCAGCUGACAGUCCCCGUCCCGUCCUGCAGGGCUCCCCCUUCCCUCUGCAGGUCAGGAGGAAGCUGAGGCGUCACGGCGGGACGUUCCACUGCUGCUCCUUCUGCUCCAGCGGAGGGUCCAAAGAGGCUCGCUGUGGCUGCACGGGGUCCAUGCCAGGGGGGUUCAAAGGCUGCGGUCACGGUCACAGAGGACACCCCGGGAGGCCUCACUGGUCGUGCUGCGGCAGCACGGCGGAGCUGUCCGAGUGUUUGCCCCCCAGCGUCGUGGCUGCCGUCUCUCCCCGAGGACACCUGCGGACCGUCGAGCUCUGAGGAGGCGAGGGGACGAGGGGGCGAGGAGGCGAGACCUGUCCAGGGGGGGCUUGAUUAGAGAUAAAAAAACUACACAUCAAAUGUUAUUUCUACAAACUGCAAAGUUACACCGAUGUUACUUCUCUUUGACGGCGUGUACUGACAGUAGUACGUCCUGCUACACCUGUCUACCUCCUUCUACACCCUCCUUUGUCCGGCUACACCCUCCUACGUCCUUCUACGUCCAGCUACACGCUCCUACGUCCUGCUACACCUGUCUACCUCCUUCUACACCCUCCUUUGUCCUGCUACACCCUCCUACGUCCUUCUACGUCCAGCUACACCCUCCUACGUCCUGUUACACCUGUCUACCUCCUUCUACACCCUCCUACGUCCUGCUACACCCUCCUACGUCCUUCUACACCCUCCUACGUCCUUCUACACCCUCCUACGUUCUGCUACACCUGUCUACCUCCUUCUACACCCUUCUAUGUCCUGCUACACGUGUUUACCUCCUUCUACACCCUCCUACGUCCUGCUACCCCCUCCUACGUCCUUCUACACCCUCCUACCUCCUUCUACAUCUUUCUACACCUCAGAGAGACGGUGUUCAUGUUUCUUAUUAUCUUUGAAUCAGUCAUUUUCACAAAGGAGCUGAACUCAGUGUUUAAUGUCUUCAAUGUAAAAGUAUUUUAGAAUCAGCGAGCUGUGGAAUUGUGUUACUUUUGCAUUUUUAUACAGAGGAGAUUUUUUGUAAUUAUGUAAUAUGAAAACAAUUAUUCUUAAUCCAGAGAAGUGCAUGGACAUCAUGAUAACAAAAUGUUUCAUCAUUAUUUCUUACUCACUAAUGUAUUCAUGACUUCUGUUGGCCAUCAUAAUGUUUCUGUCUCGCCUCUCACAAUGUAAAUUCCAAAUGAUACGUAAGUACCCACCAAACCAUAUGCCAUAUUUAACAUAGAAAUACGAUGUGUAGCUGAUGUGAUUAUAUAUCAUCUGAGCCACACAAUGUGUUCCUUCUGCAUUCUGAACAUGCAGCUGCCUUCAGCGUGUGGUUUUAUGCUGCUGAUGGAGCGUGAAAGAGAACCACGACCUCCCCUUGUGGUUUGUGGAAUAUUAAAGAUGGACCAGCUGCUGUAGUUCACUUACAUUCAUCUCAGGAGAACUUUUAACUGAGACGUUACAGUAAAAUAAACACCUUUAACACACUUUACCUGCACCUUUCCUUUACUAAAGUCCAAAAGGACUAUUGGCACGUUUUCGUUCAGCAAAGAUGUCUUAAUGAUUUGAGGUGCAUGAGACACUCUGACAUUUGACCUUUGACCCUUUAUAGAGCGUGACACGCCCUCGGCACGCCACCUGGUGGCAGCAGAGAGCUGCGCCUUUUCCCCUUUAUUCACCGGUCGCCUCCUCCUCCAGCUGUGACGUGAACUUUUCCCUCCUGGUUCCUGUUGAUCACCGUCAUUCAUUGAUAUCGUCAGUUUGAUGCGUUGGAAUCUGUUCCACUAAAAAGAAAGAA